AUGGCCUCUGCCACUGCUAGAGAAGAAAUGUUUGAAGUACGACGCAUCUGCAGAGACCUCUUCAUGGAGACUCUCCUGUAUGAGCAAGUCCUGGACCCUCUGACUAUGGAGGUUCCCUGCAUGACCGAACCCAUGGAGGAGGACUUCGGCCCCCUGGAGGUCUUUAACCCCCUGGAGAAAUUUGAUCUCAUGGAAUCCCUUGAGGGCAGUGAUCAAGUGGCCCUGUGGCUGGCCUUCAUCGGGGAUGAGAUGGAUCUACACCUCAGGAGCCACCGCCUGGCCCAGCUACCUGGGAUGGCCAUGAAGAGCUUGGCUCUGGCUCUCACCUGCGACCAGACAGGCAUCAGGGGUCUUCUUAGAAGUUUUGUCAAUAGUCUCAGCAACCUCAGGAAGAUCAAAAUAAGGUUCUGGAGAUCCCUGUCCCCCAGGACCUGGGUGCUGCUGCCCGGGGUGCUGCUGCUGGUGCUGCUGCUGUAUCUGCUGCUCAAGUGA